AUGGCCGGUACUUCUCCGACUAGACGCUCUUCUCGUGCGCGAACAACUCAAUCACAAUCACAUAAUAGCUCGAGUGCGUCCAGUGCAUCUGGCCGUGUCGAGCGAAGCACGAGGGCCUUCACUAAGACUGGUUCACCCCAAAAGUCGACUGGUAGUGGAUCUUUAUCGUCAGAGCCCCCCGAGGAUUCAACAAUUAUAACGAACGACGACCCCAUUCUCCGUCGGCGGAGUACGCGCGGGAAAGAAGACGACCGAGAAAAGCAAUCCAAGAUAGAAUUACUCGAUAUGGCGUCUGCUGGCGACGAAGUUCAAGAGGACGAUGAGGCCGUACGCUGCAUCUGCGGUCAUGACGAAUACCCAGGGCCACCACCCUUCGACGAGAACUCGAAGCAUGACCCAAGAGACACGAUUGACCAUGACCGAAUUUUCGCUAUCGAAGUUACGGACGACAUGGCUGGUUUUUAUGUACAAUGCGAGUUCUGCAACACAUGGCAGCAUGGUGCUUGUGUCGGGUUUGCCGAAGAGUCCAAUCUCGAAGACGUCCAGUACUUUUGCGAAAGAUGCCGAAAAGAUUUACAUAAGACAUUUACAGCAAGCAAUGGGCAAAAAUACUCGAUAUUUCUUCCCAUCCAUCGACCCUCACGAGCUGUUUCACGAGCCACCUCCACAGCUAAAGAUGGUGCGCUUUCCCCUAAAAGCAAUCCAACUAAAAACUCACGCUCCUCAGCAGCUGCGCAUGCAUCGAAGCGGCGUUCUACUAUGAACAGUAGAGAUGCUGCUUACGAUGAAGAGGAGCAACUACGCCGAGCAAUUGAAGCAAGCAAGGAAGAUGCGAUUCCCGAAACCACAGAACUUCCGUCAAGACGUCCCAAGCGAAGUAGAGAUGAUAGUGAAGAGAAGGUCGAGGGUAUUAAACGACAGCGAACAACUUCCAAAUCUCCUUCCCCGAAAAUUGAAAGGCUUCAAUCCGCCCCCCCUGAAGAGUCCGAGGAUGAACUGGCAAUGCGAAACGGAUCGUCAAAAAAGUCUCGGAACGCAGCAAGGAAUCAGCGUGAAAAAGCCGAAAGGGACGAACGCCGUGAAGAGCAAGAGCGGAGACGGGUCGAGGCUGCCAAUAAGCGAAAAGGCCGAGCUGAACGUCGGCGAGCUGAUGACUCCGACCCCUCGGAAGAAAUGCCUCUGGCAGUUCGCGCAGCAGUAAAUAGGGCAACAGAAUCCGCGCAACCUCCUGAUCCUCCGGUUUCAUCGCAGCCCCCUCCCGAUACGCCUCCUACAGUCCCGGCUCUCACAAAUUCCCAUAAGAAAAAGGCAACCAACCAGAAAAAGAAAGGCAGGAACCAAUAUACUAAAGACCGUGAUAAUCGUGAUCAUGACGAAUCACCGGCGAGGUCAGUGUCGCGUGACAUUACAAGAAAUGCCGACGAGAACGGCACAUCACAUACAAAAUCGAAUCACGAGCCUGCCGGCAAGCAGAGCAAAUCAAAGGGCGGCAUGAAUUCGAGGAUCACUAUGACAGAUAUGAAGAGGCGCGCCAAUAACAUUUUAGAAUACAUCACAAGAACACAGGUUGAGCUCGCAAGCGAGCCGUUAUCAGACUCAGGAACUAGUACACAACAGAAUAAUGCUAGCAAUGGAUCCGCCACUACAAUACCUUCAAUUAAGGUAAACGGCGACAGCAGAAAACACGAAAACGUCGGUAUAACUACGAACGGGUCGAUAACCAAUGGAGUUAGCCAUAGCCUCUCCUUGCUAAAGGAAUUUAAGGAUAUGUCUUGUAUCGAGAUGAUGGACAUAUUGACACGGGAUUUGGUCAAAUGGCAGCAAGAGUUUGCGCCCUGA